AUGGCAAGCACUCAAACUGGUAAUAGCAGCAUCCUGUGGUUCUUCCGGGAUAGAGGUUUUGAUGACAGCACCAUCCAAGAAAUGUUCAGAAAGUGCAAGCGCCUACAAGACACGCAGGGGGAUAGAGCAUCUGAAAACUGGGCUUACCUCAAAACCAUUGGCAUUCAAGAGAGAAAGCUCCCUUCAAUUAUUUUGAAGUGUCCCAAAAUCCUCACUCUUGGUCUCAAUGAGAAGCUCAUCCCCAUGGUUGAGUGCCUUGCUACCCUUGGUUCUAAACCCCGUGAAGUUGCUUCUGCCAUAACCAAGUUCCCGCACAUACUGUCUCAUAGUGUUGAAGAGAAGCUCUGCCCCCUUUUGGCUUUCUUUCAGGCUCUUGGGGUCCCUGAAAAGCAACUCGGCAAGAUUUUAUUGCUCAACCCAAGGCUGAUCAGCUACAGCAUUGAUUCCAAGCUCACAGAAAUUGUCAACUUUCUUGCUGCUCUUGGGCUUGCCAAAGAUGGGAUGAUUGGUAAAGUUAUGGUGAAACACCCAUUUAUAAUGGGUUAUAGUGUUGCCAAGAGGCUACGUCCCACUUCAGAGUUUCUUAAGUCAGUUGGACUGACGGAGCAGGAUCUUCGAUCAGUGGUCAUGAACUUCCCUGAAGUUCUUUGUAGAGAUGUCAACAAGAUUCUGAAACCCAAUUUUGCAUAUCUAAGUAGAUGCGGAUUUAAUGAUAGACAAAUAGCAGCUUUGGUGACUGGUUAUCCCCCUAUUUUGAUCAAGAGCAUCAGGAAUUCUCUAGAACCUCGGAUCAAGUUCUUGGUGGAAGUAAUGGGAAGACAAAUAGAUGAAGUUGUUGAUUACCCCAACUUCUUUCAGCAUGGUUUGAAGAAGACCUUGGAGUCAAGGCACAAACUUUUGAAACGGAGGAAAGUAGAUUGUAGCUUGAGCGAGAUGUUGGAUUGUAAUCAAAAGAAGUUCCUAAUGAAGUAUGCCUUGCUUGAAGGAUCUGCCUGA